CUACAUUUCCCAGGAGCCCCCGCGCCGCCGCCCGGAAGCGGGCGGGCGCUGAGCGCGCGCGGUGCGUUGUGGGCGCGGCGGCGGCGGCGGUGGUCUCCAUCAUGGCGGCUUCCAUCUCGGGAUACACGUUCAGUUCCGUCUGCUACUACAGCGCCAACAGCAGCGCCGACCACGAAGGAUUUCUGCUAGGAGAGGUGAGACAAGAGGAAACCUUCAGCAUUAGUGAUUCACAGAUCAGCAACACCGAAUUUCUACAAGUGAUUGAAAUCCAUAACCAUGAGCCCUGUUCAAAACUCUUUAGUUUUUAUGACUAUGCAGGCAAGGUUAAUGAGGAGAGCUUGGACAGGAUUCUUAAAGACCGAAGAAAAAAUGUUAUUGGAUGGUACAGAUUUAGGAGAAACACUCAGCAGCAAAUGUCAUAUAGAGAGCACAUCAUUCAUAAACAGCUGACACACAUUCUUGGAGUGCCUGAUCUUGUCUUCCUUCUCUUCAGCUUCAUUUCCACUGCAAAUAACUCAACACAUGCUUUAGAAUAUGUGCUUUUUAGACCAAACCGAAGGUAUAAUCAAAGGGUGUCACUUACUAUUCCUAACCUAGGCAACACGAGUCAACAAGAAUACAAAGUUUCUUCAGUGCCAAAUACUUCUCAGAAUUAUGCCAAAGUUAUUAAGGAACACGGUACUGAUUUUUUUGACAAAGAUGGAGUGAUGAAGGACAUCAGGGCCAUAUAUCAGGUUUAUAAUGCACUUCAGGAAAAAGUACAGGCAGUGUGUAUAGAUGUGGAAAAAAGUGAACGUGUCGUUGAAUCUUUUCAAGCUGAUGUGAACAAGCUCAAAAGGCAAAUCGCACAGAAGAAAAAUGAGAAAGAACAAGAAAUAAGAAUGCAGCAAGCCAUUUUAAGCAGGCAAAUGCCAACAGAUAACUUGGAAGCGCUGUUUGUCCCACGAAUGUCCUACACUGGAUUUGCUGUGGAAGGCUGCAGGCUGGAAGAUCCGGACGUCUCCGACCCUCCGCCCCCGUACUCCGAUUUCAACGCAGCCAGUCAAGAAAGUACUGUCGGGCUCCUAGAGAGCAACGUUUUCAUGCCUCGGCCUCAAGCAGUAGGUUCUUCCAGUUACGUUUCCACAACUGCAGGACUGAAGUAUUCAGGCAGUGGAGCAUCCAUGCCAUCUUCCCAAAGAGCAGUUGGUGACAAUGUUGACGAAUCAGAAGACAGUGAUUAUGAAAACUUGCUUGAACCCACAGAAUCAUCUGACAGUGAAUACUCACAGACAAGGGAUUCCCGACCUUCGGCGCAUCCCGAUGGCGACUCCAGGAACACUCAAACUUCUCAGAUUUAACAGUGGGAUGGGGGGAGGGGGGAAGGAAAAAAAAACCCCAACCCAAAACAACUCCACGUGACACUGUUGUUUUUCAUAAUUGUUACAGAGAUCUUUUGGGGAUUUAACCUGGAGGAGAUGAACUACACAGGAUUGCUGUGCACACGAAACGUAGAAGACUUGCACUAGAUGGUUGAUUCACCUUCUGAUGCAUUUUGCAAGUUUUGUAAUGGAAUCAUUAGGAUAAUCAAGUUGUACUAAUACUGUCGAGGUUCCUGGACAUCCUGGUAAACGUAGGCAGAAGGAGAUUUAUAGAGAUCUUGUAGCUUUUGUUGCCGUAUUUUCUUUGAAGACAAUAAAUUGGGAAGUAGUAACUAAGCACAGUUAGUCUACAAAUGUUGUUCUCGAAUCAAAACUUACCUCUUGCACUAUCAUGCCUUGAAUCUUAAUUUUUGAAAGGGAAUAAAAUAUAUCAGCCGCCUUCAAAACAGCUUUCUGUGGUAAGCCAAAUUGGCCUUUGCAUCAAAGAAGUUUGGAGAACUGAGAAGCCCCAUCGGAACCGAUGUGCUCUACCUUCUAUUGGCAUGCUCUUUAACAGAGGAGGGGUUUGUUUCAGCUUUUUUUACUAGCAGAAUGUGUGUGUGUAUCACUUCAAACGACGGUUGCCUUUUGUUUGCUGUGAAGUCAGGAGCUGUGGGAUGACUGGUAAAUCAUCCAGAUGAAUGUCACAACUAUAAUUGCCCUGGUUUCGCUGGGUUUACAGUGACUUUAUGCCACACUAGCCUCAGUCGUCGUCUCGUUUGUUAUUUUAGCUCAAACACAAAGUGCACAUACAGGAGUCAGUGACUGACAGAAGUAGUGAGUUCCAUCACCAUUGGACUUCGGAGCCUUCAAAUUACAAACAUCAGAGACUGCUGCUCGCAUUUGAUCUGCAUCUGAAUAUUGGAUUUACGCUUCUAGAUGAGUUAUUUUAUGUAAUAAGUAGGGGGUGGGGUAGGAGGAGAUUGUUUGGAGAGUCCCCUGGGUUUAUUACUUCUUUUCCUCUGAUUGAAAUGUGUAAACGAUUGUCUUCAUUUGAACUACAGCUCUUGUCAGCAAAUUGCCAUUUGGGAUAAAUGAAGUGUGGUGUAUUUAGAGAACUUAAUGUUUGGAUGCACUUAUGUCUAUUUAAAUACUGCUUGUAUGCCAAUGUUGCCCAAAAUAUGUGAAACUGUGCCACUAAGAAGUUUGUGUUAUUGGACUUUAUCCCUGAUCUGUCAGUGAGAAAAUACAAAUUUGAAGCUGA